AUGUUCGUCAGGGUGCAGCUUAGUGCCAAAUUGGAGGCGGUCCUCGAGGGUGAUGAAUCCAUGAACCUCGAUGCGGCAGAGGCCAGCGGACCGCCCUCCCCCACUGCCGACCCCGAGCCGAGCCCGGGCCCCGCGCUGCCCAAGGAGAGCCCCGUGCAGGUCUGGCUCAACCUGGGGGGCAGCACGCCCGACCCUCAUGGGCCGGAGCCCACGUACCCCUUCCAGGGCACCCUGGAGCUGCAGCCGGCGUCGGACAUCAUGGACAUCGACUACUUCGAAGGACUGGACGGCGAGGGCCGCGGCGNCGCCCGGGGGAGCCGGGCUCGAUCCCCAGCAGGGGGCGUAUNAGACAACGGCGGCGAGACCCCUUCCUGGAGCCUGCUGGACCUGUACGACGACUUCACGCCCUUCGACGAGUCUGACUUCUACCCCACCACGUCCUUCUACGACGACCUGGAGGAGGAGGAGGGGGAGGAGGGCGGCGAGGAGGCGGCGCUAGGGGGCGCCCUGGAGAGCGACCUCCCGGCGUGCAACACGCAGGACUACAUCUGGCACAAGGGGACGCGUUGCGAGUCCAUCAUCACCGACUUCCAGGUGAUGUGUGUGGCCGUUGGCUCGGCCGCCCUUGUGCUGCUCCUGCUCUUCAUGAUGACCGUGUUCUUUGCCAAGAAGCUCUAUCUGCUCAAGACGGAGAACACCAAGCUGCGCAGGACCCACAAAUUCCGGACCCCAUCUGAACUCCACAACGACAACUUCUCCCUUUCCACCAUUGCCGAGGGCUCUCACCCAAACGAUGAUCCUAGCGCUCCCCACAAAAUCCAGGAGGUUCUCAAGUCCUGCCUGAAAGAGGAGGAGUCAUUUAACAUCCAGAACUCCAUGUCGCCCAAGCUGGAGGGUGGCAGAGGCGACCCAGCUGACUUGGAGGCCAACUGUCUUCAGAAUAACUUGACCUAAAGCAAAGCAAGAAGAGAGGAGAUGGGGGUGGGCGGGGGGAGAAACAUCGCUCCUCAUGCACAGAGUCUGUCGCUCGUAACCAUUUGUUAAGCUCUUUUCUUUCUCUGGUCUCAUGGCAUGCUUCGGUGUAUUUGUACAGGAGGGGAGAACACAAAAUAAGCAAAGAACCGAACAGUCGGGUACAUUGGAUCGUCUGUCUGUGCCGUCUGUACAUUGCUUCUGCCGCUGUGAUUUCUAAACCUGUGCUGUCAUUCAACUGACUUUUUUUUUGUACUUUGACCCACCUUUUUUUGAAAUACCAGUAAGAAGACAAAAGUUCUUGAAAUAAAACUUUUUAAAAAGCCA